GUGUCUGACACUCUUACUGGACAUCGCAGAAGAAGAUCAGGCCUCCUUCCUUGAGGUCCCAAGUCUUGCGCUCAAUGAAGGCUAACUACAAGUUCUCCAAUCUUUGCGGUACUGUCUAUAGACAGGGGAACAUUGUCUUCACUCCAGAUGGGAAUUCAGUCCUGAGUCCGGUCGGGAACAGAGUCUCCGUAUUUGACCUUGUCAACAACAAGUCGCAUACUUUCGCCUUCGAGAACCGCAAGAACGUCGCUGCGAUUGCCUUGAGCCCGGAUGCAAAUGUGUUGCUGAGCGUGGACGAAGACGGUCGAGCUUUGCUCGUAAACUUCAAGAGGGGCGCCGUCCUGCACCAUUUCAACUUUCAGAAGCCGGUCAAGGCACUCAAAUUCUCACCGGAUGGAAAGUACAUUGCCGUCUCGCAUGAUACACACGUGCAAGUCUGGCGGACACCGAACCACCUUAUUCGCGAGUUCGCGCCCUUCAAUCUGCACCGCACGUACACGGGUCACCAUGAUGAGGUACUCAGCAUCGAGUGGUCUCCCGACUCAAAAUGCUUUAUCACGACCUCGCGCGACAUGACUGCUCGGCUGUUUACGCUUGACCCAGUCGAGGGCUUCCGACCGAAGACGUUCGCCGGUCACAAGGACGCAGUACUAAACGCCUUCUUCUCCGCCGACAGCAAAACGAUAUACACUGUCAGCCGGGACGGUGCCGUCUUCACGUGGAAGGCCAAGCCUUCAGAAGACGAGAGCGAUUCUGACAGUGACGACGAGGAGCCUGUCGCGUCGACCUCGAGCGCAAGUCUCUACAAUGAGAUCGCCAACACGCGGUGGGGCGUACACAAACGCAACUACUUCAACCAACCGGGAACGAAGGUGGUCUGCAGCACGUUCCACCGCGGGUCCAGCCUGCUCGUCGUUGGCUUCUCCACCGGUGUCUUCGGGCUCUGGGAGAUGCCAGCGUUUUCCAACAUCCACACCCUCAGCAUCUCACAGGAGAAGAUCUCGUCCGUCGCGAUCAACCCGUCAGGCGAGUGGCUCGCCUUCGGGGCGAAGAAGCUCGGGCAGCUCCUCGUGUGGGAGUGGCAGUCGGAGUCGUACGUCCUCAAGCAGCAAGGCCACUUCUUCGACAUGAACACGCUCGCGUACGCGUCGGACGGCCAGCACGUCGCCACUGGGGGAGACGACUCCAAGGUCAAGGUGUGGAACACGACCUCCGGGUUCUGCUUCGUGACGUUUUCGGAGCACUCUGCGGCGGUGUCGGCCGUGGAGUUCGCGAAGCAAGGGCAGGUGCUCUUUUCCGCGUCGCUGGACGGUACCGUGCGCGCGUUCGACCUCAUCCGCUAUCGCAAUUUCCGGACGUUCACCUCCCCCACCCCCGUGCAAUUCUCGUGCCUCGCGGUUGACCCAAGUGGAGAGGUCGUCGCGGCAGGGUCAACGGACUCGUUCGAGAUCUUCCUCUGGUCGGUGCAGACCGGCAAGCUCCUCGACGUCCUGACUGGCCACGAGGGACCGAUCAGCUCGCUCGCGUUCUCCCCGACUGGGAACAUCGUCGCGAGCGGCUCAUGGGACAAAACUGUGCGCGUCUGGAGUGUGUUCGGGCGGUCGCGCGCUGUGGAGCCCUUCACGCUCAGCUCGGACGUGCUCGCGGUCGCGUUCCGUCCCGAUGGCAAGGAGCUGGCGGCUUCGAGUCUCGACGGCCAGGUCAUGUUCUUCGACGUGAGCCUCGGCAAACAGACGAACCUCAUCGACGGACGGCGGGACAUCUCGGGCGGACGCAAGGCGGACGAUCGCAUGGCGGCGUCGAACAACGCGUCGGGCAAGGCGUUCAACAGCCUCGCGUAUACCGCGGACGGACGCUGCAUCAUCGCAGGCGGGAACAGCAAAUACGUCGUGAUCUACGACGUGCGCGAGGGCGUGAUGGUCAAGAAGUUCCAGAUCUCGCAGAACCUCAGCCUGGACGGGACCGAGGAGUUCCUCGACAGCCGCAGACUGACCGAGGCCGGGAACCUCGACCUGCUCGACGACCGCGGCGACGCAAGUGACCUUGAAGACCGCCUCGACACCGCGCUCCCCGGCGCGCAGCACGGCGACAUGUCAAAACGACGCUACCGCCAAGAGGCGCGCACAAAAUGCGUGCGCUUCGCCCCCACCGGGCGCGCGUGGGCGGCCGCGUCGACCGAAGGGCUGCUCAUCUACUCCGUCGACGACACCACGACGUUCGACCCGUUCGACCUCGACCUCGAGCUCACCCCCCAGGCGCUGCUCGGGGUGCUCGCGCGCGGGGAGCACCUGAAGGCGCUCGUGAUGGCGUUCCGCCUGAACGAGCGCCCGCUCGUGCAUAAAGCGUACGAGAGCGUGCCGCGCGCGGACAUCCGGCUCGUCGCGCGCGGGCUGCCGGUGGUGUACGUCGGGCAGCUGCUGCGCUUCGUCGCGGAGCACAUGGAGCGCAGCCCGCAUGUGGAGUUUGAUCUGCUGUGGGCGAGCGCGCUGCUGGGCGCGCAUGGACGGCAUUUGCGGGAUCGGGCGGGGGAGUAUGCGAGUGUGCUGAGGGCGCUGCAGAAGGGCUUGUCGGACUUUGAGCAGCUCAUUUCACGAUUGUGCGAGGAGAACCGGUCGACGCUGGACUACCUUAUCGACCAGCUCAAGGUCAAACAGUCCCGGGACACGGACGUUGAGAUGGACGAUUCGGCAGCGCAGCAGGCGAUCAGCGCCUUCUGAAGCUCCGUCUUGAUAUAGUUGUAAAAGUACUUAUGGGCAGUACUAGUGCGGUAAUUGUAUCAUAGAUCUUGCAUUGAUGCCAGGAUACCGCCGGUGGGAGCGGUCGAAACAUCGGAUAGUCCAGC